AUGUGUAAUAAUUUACAGUCUGAAAUAACCUCUCUAAGGACUAAUAUUUAUACUGCAUGGGAUCCUAAAUCUGCUCAAGAAGCUGCAGAUAGGAUCGUAAAUGACUGGAAACACUUUGAAGAGAUUUACAAUGAGUAUCUCACUGGUAUUAAGGAAAAGGGACGUCUUGAAACUGUUCAAACUAAGUAUAUGUUGAUCAAGGAACUAGCUAGCAAUGUGUUUGAUGAGUUUAAAAGACAACUACAAGUAAACGAACAAGCUGCAACGGAUGAUGUAUUCGAAAUAGCCUCUGUUAGAAGCGACUGCAAUAACUUGCCUGCUUCGAGCCAAAGGCAAAAACUAAGAACCAUGCUUUUAGCCAAAAGGAAACUUGAACUAGCCAAAUCAAGACAACGCGAAGAAAUAGAAAACGCAAGGAUCUUACAUGAGAUGACUGCAAGAAAGGAGAUACGAAAACUUGAAGAGGAAGCCGCGCUAGCUGAAGUAGAAUGGCAAGUGGAGACUGAAUGCGUACCUAACGAGGAGAUUCAAACAAAGGCCUAUGAUGAUCAUGGUAAUAUUAAACACAGCACACCCAACAUAGGCGCCUUUAAACCUUAUCAGACUACUCCUCCCGCUAUGUCAACAUUGAAGCCAAACGUCGUACCACCUGACAACGGCCACCCGCCUAGUCCUGUCUUCAAUCUUCAGUCUCCGGUCAACUGGAGACAAGGAUACGUUGACGAAAGGAAUUUGGCGGGAAAGCGUGCACCAUUCUCAGAUGGUCAACAAACUCCUGCAGCGCCGCAUGUACCCGUCUACGAUGGUCAACAAACUCCUGCAGCGCAACAUGUACCCGUCUACGAUGGUCAACAAACUCCUGCGACGCCGCAUGUACCCGUCUACGAUGGUCAACAAACUCCUGCAGCCCCGCAUGUACCCGUCUACGAUGGUCAACAAACUCCUGCAGCGCCACAUGUACCCGUCUACGAUGGUCAACAAACUCCUGCUGCGCCACAUGUACCCGUCUACGAUGGUCAACAAACUUCUGCAGCACCACGUGCAUCUGUCAUAGAUAAUAAACAAGAUCCCUCAUAUCUGUCUACUACAGCUUGUAACGCUUAUCAAGCUACCAUAGAACGGUAUAAGCCAAUGGAUCACAUUGCAACGAUGUUAAAGAUACAACUCCUUAACGGCAUAAAGCCAACCCAAUUCAGCGGUAAACCAGCCGAUUUUCCUUUCCUGCGUAAGCAGUUGAGAGAACACUUAGAAACAGAGCAUCUAUCUGACGCCCAGCGCGUUGAGUAUUUACCAAAGUUCCUUUGCGGCGAGGCAUUAGAAGUUGUUAAAAGAAAUCGUGGCUGUUCAUACCAGGACUUAGUCAAUAUCCUCGAAACUCGCUAUGGUCAACCUAUACAGGUCUCACAGGCCUGUAUAGAAGAACUUAUAUCUGGCCCAAAAUUAAACUAUGGGGAUAAUGUAGGACUGUUGAACUUUGCUGAAACACUAACUACAGCCACCAAGAUUCUGACGGGCGCCGACGAGAAGGAAAUAAGCGUUGCCACUAACCUACGCAGAAUCGUCAAUCGGCUCCCGAACGACCUCGUGUCAAAGUGGCAAAGUGUGAACUACGAAAUACUUUGUCGCGGAUCGUUCGCACGCCUAAAGGACAUUUCUGACUUUGUCAGAAAGCAUGCAACGAUUAGAAAUGACCCAGUUUACGGUUUACCGAAAAGAGAAAACAAGGAUACUAAAGGCAAUACAAGGACAAUGGCGCACACUCGCCAUCCCGCACCUAGAGUAUCGACCGUCGCCACAGCAAGCGUCCAGAAAGACAUAAAGGAGGCUUCAAGCGCACCCAAAGACCGAUGCGAAAUAUGCAAAGACUCUCCUCACAACCUGAAAGUUUGUCCAAUCAUUAAGCAAUGUGAUCACGUAGAUGUACGUCGUCAUUAUGCCGCUGCCUAUCAAUUCUGUUUCAACUGUGGGAAACAACGCCCAGGACAUGGUUCUGGGACCUGCCCAGAUACGCCGUCCUGCACGCGUUGCAAUGGUCGCCACUUGGACAUACUUCAUAAAGACAGGCUUCCCGGUCGUCUGAACCCUCCAUCACACAGCAACGAUAAGGCUCCGGCCCGUGGUGACAAGAAACCAGGACAGCCUCAGGAUGCAAAGAAGCCGGACCUAAAACCUCAGCCAAAGGGAGUAAAAUCCGCGGCGGUUCAAAACUCUAACUCGUCUGUUGUACUAAACGUCCUCCCUGUUGUUGUUACCUCGAGUGAUAACAGGAGCUUGUCUACUUACGCCUUUCUCGACAAUGGCUGUACAGACACGCUGAUAGAUCGGCAGUUAGCUGAUGAACUUGGCCUAACCGGAAGAACUGAGGAAAUUGAAAUCGUUACAAUUACCUCCACCCAAGAAGCCGAAUCUAAACGUGUAAACUUUACCAUUAAAGCUAUUAACAGUGAUGAGAAAGUAAAGGUCAACGAUGCAUACGUCCUCGCGGAUCUACGUCAGUAUGGACAGGUUCUACCCGAAUCUGUUGACACCUCUACCUACACCCACCUGCAAGACAUCAAGUUUUCUUCUGUUGAUCUUCCCCGCAUAUCAGUAUUGAUUGGCAGUAAUAUUCCUAGUGCACACGUGCAGCGAGAAGUGAGGAUUCCUGAUGAUGGUGACAAUGGCCUCUAUGGAUAUCACUAUUCACUUGGAUGGACCUUGUGUGGUCCGAUCGACGCAAUUUCUAAGGACACUGUAUCUGUAAAUUCCAUAUCAAUGGACUGUCAACUUGAUGAAGCUCUUGAAAAAUUCUGGAAGUUAGAAGAUAAUGUAAUAUCUGGUGCUAAGAAGGAACUGUCUGUCGACGACAAACGGGCUCUUCGGAUAAUCAGCGAAACCACAAGAUUUGUCGAUGGACAUUAUGAGGUAGGCCUUCCUUGGAAGGACGCUGAGCCCAACCUUCCAGACAACCGACGCAUGGCAGAAAAGAGACUCGAGAUGCUGAAACGUAGGCUACUGAAGCCUGAAAAUGCAGAUCUUGCACUGAAGUAUCGUGACACUAUGCAGGGAUACAUCGACAAAGGUUAUGCCAGGAAGCUAACUGAAGAUGAAGUAAAAACAGAGGGUCAAGUACGUUGGUAUUUGCCCCAUCACCCAGUUACCAACCCAAACAAGCCGGGAAAAGUUCGCAUCGUCUUUGACGCAGCUGCCGAGUACGAAGGUGCGUCGCUUAACAAAGCAUUACUGCAGGGUCCAGAUUCCACAAACAGCCUCAUCGGUGUUCUUCUGCGGUUCAGAAAGGGCAACGUGGCUUUAGCCGCCGAUGUAGAGUCUAUGUUCCACCAAGUCCGUGUCCCAAACCACGACCAGCAAGCUCUGCGCUUCCUUUGGUGGACUCGUGGUUAUGAUGAACCUCCUGACGUAUACGUAAUGCAAGUACACAUCUUCGGAGCCACUUCAUCGCCGUGCGUGGUAAACUCAACCCUCAGGAGAGCUGCUGACGACAAUGCCGAUAACUUCUCAGAAGAGACGGUCGCGGCUGUUAAACAGAACUUCUACGUGGACGAUGGACUGCCAUCCUGUAGUGACACCGCAUCAGCAAUUACUCUUGCGAACCAAAUGACUGACCUUCUUAACAGAGGGGGGUUCAAUCUCACUAAGUUCACUUCAAACUGUAAAGAUGUCCUUGCCUCCAUUCCUACGCCAAAGAGAGCAAAACCUGAACUAGAUCUUGAUUUGGACGAACUACCCGUGGAGAGAGCCCUCGGUGUUCGAUGGUACCCGGAAUCAGAUGAGCUCGGAUUCACAAUCAAAGAUCUGGAUCGUCCAGAAACUAAACGCGGGAUCCUGUCGACAGUGUGCUCGUUGUAUGACCCACUUGGUAUUGCAGGUCCGGUAGUCCUCCAAGCUAAGAACCUCCUUCAGGAUCUCUGGAGAGCGAAGGUUGGCUGGGAUGACCCGUUAGCUGAUGAAUUCCUUAACAGAUGGCGAGAAUGGAAAGAUGCCCUUCAGAUCAUGGCUGAUGUGCGCAUUCCCCGUUGUUACUUCUCGCUUGGAAUCAUCCUGUCUGAUUGUAAACUUCAGAUACAUCAUUUUGCUGAUGCCUCGGAACAUGGGUAUGGGACUGUAUCCUAUCUGAGGGUGAAGAACCCAGAUGGCUAUGUCCAGUGUUCGUUCCUCAUGGGAAAGUCACGUAAUGCUCCCGUCAAGUUUACCUCUGUCCCACGGCUCGAGCUACAAGCGGCCGUUUUAGCAACACGCGUGAACAACACCAUUAGGUCUGAACUUGACUUACACAUCGAGAAGGCACGUUAUUGGACGGACAGUGCAAUAGUUUUGCAUUAUCUCAGAAAUCCUAAGCUUCGACUGCAGACAUUCGUGGCCAACCGAGUACAAGAAAUUAGUGAAAACUCGAGUGUCGAUGAAUGGAGACACGUUUCCGGCGCUCUAAACCCAGCUGAUGACGUUUCACGAGGAUAUGGACCCUCGCAGCUGUCUUCAGAUGGCCGCUGGCUACGCGGCCCUGACUUCUUGUGGCGCGAUGAAUCCAUGUGGCCUGAUGAAGACAUCAAUGCUCCAGCCGAAGAGGUCCUCGAACUCAAGAAGAUAAAGCACGUGAACAUUGCUGCCGUCAAACCCAAAGAAAACAGCCCUCCACAGAUGUCAGAAUUGCAAUUACUCAUCGAAAGCUGCUCGGACUGGACCACACUACUCCGUCGAUUUGCAUGGCUCUCAAGAUUCGUUCAAUACAUCCGUAACCGCAAAGACGUCCCAAGAGGUAAUCUGACACUCGACGAGAUUGAAAAUGCUGAGCUACAAGUUGUCAAGAUCGCACAACGAACGUGUUACAAAGAUGAGAUCAAAGCUCUACACUCUGCUAAAGGUGUAAAUCAGACUAGCAAUAUUGCUACGCUAAAUCCAGUACUCGACAACCAACAGUUGCUGAGAAGAGAAGUUCUGGAUCCCUCAAGCAAGAGUGUUGACCAGAUCUAUACUGCGAAGAUGCCUCACCUGCAAAAGGUUAAAUUCUAA